AUGGCCAGCGACCCUCCUGCAUAUCGUGUCACAGAAGCGGCGACCUCUGUGAAUACAAGAGCCAGGAGAGCAACCGGAAUUGAGUCAUCUAAACGCGUAUCCCCAAGUAAGCGCUACGUUGAGGCACUCCAAGAGCGCAUUAAGAUUCUAGAGUCACAGAUACACCGCCUCAAGGAUAACAGUGGAUCUUAUGAAGAAGUUGACGCGGCCAUUCUUGAAGAGGGUCAGAGCCAAUCUGAAGCUGAAUCCUCGUCUGAGGAUGCGAAUCACUCGCACCGAUCACCUAUCAAGGAUAUCAGUGAUCGACUUGGCAACCUCAAUAUCGGUGAGGACGGACACAUUCGUUACUUUGGAUCCAGGAUCAACUUCUCAUUGUUGAAGAAUAGCCCUGCGGCUAGUGCAACUAUAUCCUCACACGACUUACAAAAGCAGGCCGCUCGUACACUCGAACUCUUGGACCUCAAUUUCAAGGUGUCUGACGAGCUGCGAGACCAUUUGCUAGGAAUAUUCUGGAUCUGGCAAAAUAGUUGGCAGUAUAUCGUUGUCAAAGAUCUUUUCCUCGAGGAUAUUUACAUUAGCCAUUCGGGUCUUUAUGCCUCCCCUCUACUUCUAUCAUCAGUGUUGGCUCUAGCAGCUCGAUAUUCGGAUCGCGUAGAAUUGCGAACUGACCCCCAGGACCCUAAUACGGCAGGGAAUGCUCUCGCAGAAAAGGCUAGGAUGAUUUUAUUCUAUGAGAGCCAAGCACCCAAAAUCACAACUAUUCAAGCUGCAGCGCUUCUUUCGCUUCGGGAAACAGCCGUUGAUAAAGAGGCAUUGGGUUGGAUUUAUUGCGGUAAGCUGGCCCUUGUACUUCUUCUUGAGUAUCCAUAG